CUCACGUUGGGGCUAAGAUUCUUGGUGAGAUAACCAUGUCACACCAGGUUCUGAAGUUGUCUGUCGUCAUUGUCGUAGUUUCCUAUAUUGUAUACGGAUCUACACCAGUAGGCGACCAUGAAGGAAAACAGUUUCUUCUGUCCUUUUUGAAAAAUGGCUAUGGAAAUGGAAAACCAUACAUAUUAAUUAUGACAGAAACGAAGGCAGAGGUGACAGUCAGAAACCACCUAGAAGGUAAAGCCAUGGACUACACACUCAGAGUGGUCUUUCGUUAAACAUCGAGCUUCCCAGCUCCAUUCGUUAUUCUUCAGAAGUGGAGGAAGUUCAUCAAAAGACCGUGACCGUUGAUUCGACAUCCGACGUGUCUGUGUAUGUCAUGGAUUAUAACACCUACUCAUCCGAGGGAUAUCUGGCUAUCCCAACUCCCUACCUGUCUACAGCAUACAUAGCUGCAUCCUAUACGGAAACUUCUAAAUACAAGCCAACACUGCUUGUAUCAGCAACCCAAGAUAAAACAACCGUGACAAUCAAGUUCAAGAUUCAAAACGGUGGGACAUGCGGCUCGGAAAUACAUUCAGAUGGGGGCACUGCAACAUUCACCCUCAGUGCCAACCAAACAUUUGGAAUUGUUUGCACUCAUGACUUAACAGGAACGUACGUUAAAAGCACCAAACCGAUAACAUUUCUUUCUGGACAUCCAUGUGCAAAUGUUCCUGAUGGAGUUGACGGUGUGGAUAUGCUCGUGGAGAUGAUAGCUCCUGUUGAAGCAUUAGGGUCUAGUUUCGUGAUCCACAACUUGGAAGGAAGAGACAGUGGCGCUAUAUACAGGACUGUGGCAUCGACUAAUGGAACAGUGGUUACGACCAGUGCUGGGAAGUCAUUUUCCCUGGAGUUUGGUGACUAUUUCGAUAUUGAUACGGCUGCUAAAGGGGAGAUGUGUCUCACUUCUAACCAUCCUGUUCUAGUUGUCAUGUAUGGUAAGAGCAAGCAGGCUGACACAGUUGUAGGAGACGGUGAUGGGUUCAUGGCACAGGUGCCCUCCACAGACAGAUUUCUGUCUUCCUACUUGGCUAACUUUUCUUCACUUACUGACUUUAAGACAUAUUAUGCAAGGACAGUUUCAACUGCAGGUGGCAAUCCAACAGACUACCGAUCGAUACCAGGUUGCGCCUAUGGAGUUAAUUUCACGAUAGCAGAAGAGUCAUCAACACAAGUGUCAAUGAAUGGUGCACGUUUUGGGGCAGUCGCAUACGGAUUCAUGUCAGCUGGCGGCUAUGGAUUUCCAAUUGGAAUGGUCUUUGAUAUUGACGAGUGUGAAAGUACUCCUUGUGUGAACGGAGGCUCGUGUAAAGAUGGUGUGUAUGCCUACACUUGUGAGUGUCCAGCAGAACACACGGGCGUCAACUGUGAGUCGGGUGGUUCAUCCGAUGCUGUAUCAUCGAUCGUGUCAGUGACCGGCAUUCAGUACUCAUCGUCCCCUCACUUUCUACCAGCUUCAGCGAAUUCGUCAACCUACACUGUGUCAUCGUCGGACAACAUGGUGGCUUCUACAAUCACGACUGAAUCACGUGUUGUUUCUGAAGCAUCACCAUCUAUGGACAGUGUGGCCUCUUGGUCAUCUCUGCUUUCAGACAUCAUGGGCUCGUCGCCCUCGCUUUUCGACCUUAGUUCUUCGUCGCACGUAUCCUCAGAAAGUGUGCCGUUCAUGAAGCCAUCACCAGCUUCUGUGUACAUUACACGUGGUACCUCUUCUGGGAGCACCCAUCCAUUCAUUUCAUCAUCAGUGCCUGAUGCAGGAACUAUGAUAUUAACAUCUGCUUCUGACUUUAGAAACGUCUUGGAAUCAUCUACUAUCUUCAAUAUGUACACGUCCCAAACAAUCAUCGACGAUGUUACCCCAUUACUUUCAAAUCCUUUGCCUUCAUCGCUGAUGCUAACGUCCGCAUCCUACUUCACUAACCCAGCCUCUCUGAUGGUUUCAACAGUUGUGAGUAGCACCAUACCUAGCCAACUAGGCCUGACGACGACAUGCACGUCUUGUACCCCAUCCAUACCCAUGUCGGUCACUCCAGCAACAUCAUCAAUAUCUGUAAAAUCCUCUUUGCCCAAGUCCUAUUCGACAGCUUGCAUAUGUACAUGUGCAGUCAACCUGGCUACAAUGGACAUAGUGAUGAUAACAGAAGAAAUAAAGAAACGCCUCACUGUGCCAACACACAAUCUCUCAAGCACAAUACGGAAGAAAAUUAGUGUCCGCGAUGACAGACCAAGUGCUGUUACCAUGGGUUCAGCUGGAAUUGUUUUCAUCGUCAUUGCCACUCUUAUUGUUACUGUGCCGGAUAUCUUAAAUAUGUUGCAGUUUGUCUGCGGUUUGGGAUUCCAAAAGCCACGAGGAAAGUCUUCGCAAGACCAGAGUUAUACCUAAGUUCAUGUAAAGCACCUGGGCCUCCUUUCACAAAGCACUAAUGUGAUCACAAGUCACUAAGGUAACCUUAGUGCAAUGUUAAAGAAUGG